AUGGAAGAAAUUGAACAAGAUGAAUAAUUUGCAAAAAUUAAAAAAUAAAUAAGAACUCCAAAAACUGCAAAAGGACGAAGACUUCAAAAGAAAAAGAAUCCAUAAUUAGAAGAAGGAAUAAGAAAAACCUUAUUUAUAAAAGGAUAAAAAACAUCAGAAUAAGUUUCAAAUUUUAUGAAAGAUUUAUAUUCUUUAAAAAAAAUAAAUUCUUUAAAUUUUUCAAGAAGACAUGAAAUUCGUCCUUUUGAAGAAAUUUAACAAAUAGAAAAUUAUUGUUAAAAACAAGAUUGUGCAUUCUUUUUAUUUGGUUCUCAUAAUAAAAAAAGACCUAAUAAUAUUGUUUUAGGUCGUAUUUAUGAUAAUCAUGUACUUGAUAUGGUUGAAUUGGGUAUUAAUAAUCUUUAAUCUUAAAAUGAAAAAUUAGGAUUAGUUGAUAUUCCUGCAUAAUGUAGACCUGUCUUAGUAUUUUAGGGUCCUCUUUUUGAUUCUGAGCCUUCUUUUGUACGAAUAAAAAAUUUAUUAAAUGAUUUCUUUGUGGAGAAUAUAGAAGUUAAAGAAAUUGACAUAAUAAAAGGAUUGAAAUAUACAUUAGUUUUUACUGCUGAUUAAUAAAAUAUUUACAUGAAAACUUAUUUAAUAGAAAGUAAUUAAUAAAAUGAUAAAGGAGGAAAUCUUUCUUUAACUGAAAUAGGACCAAGUGCUAGUUUAAAUAUUAGAAGAAGUUAAUUUGCUCCAGAAGAAACUUUUAAAAAAGCUUGUAAAUAACCUAAAAUUAAAACUAAAAAAUAAGAUAAAAAUGUAUUUAAAGAUAGUGUUGGGGAUAAAAAAGUUAAAGUUUGGUUAGAUAGAUAAAAUUUGGAUGUUUUAGCUUUAAAGAAAAGAAAAAAACUCAAAGGUAUUUCUGGAAAUGAAAAAGUUAUAGAGUUAAAUUUAAAAUAAGAUUUAAGAGAUUUAGAGUGA